AUGCCUUACUCGAAAGCUAAACUGCAGCAUACAUUGCGCAUCUUUCGAAAGCUCAAGGACGACGGCCCUGCCUGGUUACCCAGCAACGAGCAAAGACAUCUGCGUGAUGAUUACAACUUCCGCCAGAUAUCGAGUUCAAGGGCUGUCAAACAUGUGAGCCUCUUUUUGGAGGAGAACUCGUCUUCAGAUGAUCUUGACGAAUAUAAUCCUUCUCUUACUAAACGCAAACGAAGAUUGGCACGGGCAAUUGCAUCAGAACGUCUCCCAAAGAAGGCUAAGCGACAGGUGCAGACGAGCACAGGAAGUUCUCAGGCAGAAUCCACUGGUCCUGGUCCCGAUACUGGUUGUGUCUUCAGUACUCCCUCUAGUCAUGGUGAUAACAAGAAGCUGCAAAAUGUUAGCAAACCUAACACAAGCCGCUUCUAUCUUGACAAACUUGAUGAAGAAGCAGCAAAGAUCGACAACCAGGGCGGACGACGACUACGAAAUGACAAGUUCAUUUUAGACAAAGACAAAUCUGCAGCCAACAAGAAAUGUAUGGCUUGUACGCUUUCCAAAUCCCGUUGCGUCAGAAAGAAGAACAAUGAGAAUUGCUGCACACGCUGUGCCACGGAACAAAUUGAGUGUAUUAAGGUAGAUCAGGCUGUCAAGCAGCUAGUGCAGCCUGUUGCUCAAGAUUCAGAUGGUGAAGUGAUCAGAGAGACGAUCGAACUGCCCAUCCCAGAUGCUCAAGCAUCCACCUCGACUAUACCAAAUGGACCCUUGCCAUCAGCCCGAGCAUCAGACUCGUUGCUAUCCAGAAGGGGACCAACACCAAUUCAAACAUCAAGCUCAGUUUUCCCUGCCCCAUUGCCCACACCAUUGCCCACACCGUUCCACGUGUCACCUUCAUUCAAACCUCAUCAGCCUCCAACACCAAGCCAAGUCAUCAGAAAUCAUGCUGCUUCACUUCGGUCACCGCCGACGAGCUAUCAGGCCGGAAACUUUUCUUUUGGCUCGGCAUUGGGAAACUCUCGAGAGAGCGCAAUUCUUUUGGACUGCUCGCCAUCUCCGGAUGUAUCACCUGCGUCCUCACCAUUGCCCCAUGAGAAUCUGGCUGGAAGACAGAUGACUAUUGUUACAACCUGGGCACACCCCAUCAAUUUCAAUCAUAAACCAACCCCAACAGACCCAUGCCAUUUCUGCUCCGAUUUUCGGUAUGGCAUUUUUGGAUAUGGUGAAUUAGAAGUUGGUGUGAUUAAAUAUCGAGACAGUCCUAGUUAUGAGGAACUUGGUAACGGACAUCGAUCAACCCACGAUGGGCCGACAAAGAUGUGCAUCAAAUGCACUCUAAGCCGCAUCUACAUCUCUUCCUGCAAAGUCCACUCCAUCAUACAGUAUGCCAGGCGUGCUAAGGACCUCGAAGAACAGUAUGGUGCUCAAUUGGCCUCGGCAGACUGGGUGCCAGAAUUUCCGACUCUCAAGGCUGGUGUUCUUCGAACAUGCUCGCUCUGUCACGCACCGGCAUACUUUCGAUGCAAUGCAGAUCAGUGUCGUGACAAAGUUGGCAGAGUAUUGACAGGGCUCAGAGGCAAAGGAGUCGGAUGCGGUCUCAUGCUGUGUGACCGGUGUGCCCCACAGGUCCAGAAGGAUGGUAUCUUGAAGAGGGCAUCGAUUGACGAUCUGGACGGGUUUGAUCCACGGAGGAAGCAGAGGGCCGAUGUCGACUUCCUCUUCCCUGGAAGUCUCCUACAUGAAGCCUUCAGAGAGAUCACUUCGACUUCCGCCUCACGAAAGAACGUAGCAUAA